GCUGCUCCCACAACAACCACUGCAGCACCAACAACGACUACAGCUGCUCCCACAACAACCACAGCUUUCCCUACAUCAACAAAAGCUGAUGCUUUGAUAACAACAGCUGUGGCUACAACAACAGCCAUCCCCACAACAAACACAGCUGCUCCCACAACAGCAACAGCUGCUGAUACACCAACCACAUCUGCACCAUCAACAACCACAGCCACAGCUCCGACAACUACAACCGUCCUCACAACAACCACAGCUGCUCCUACAACAACCACAGCAGAUCCAACGACCACAACAGCUUCCUCUACAACAACGACAGCUGCUCCAACAACUACGACAGCUUCCCCUACAACCAUCACAGCUGUUCCCACAACAGCAACAGCUGCUGAUACACCAACCACAUCUGCACGAACAACAACCACAGCCACAGCUCCGACAAUCACAGAGGCUCCCACUACAACAAUAGCUGCCAUAGCAACAACAAAAGCUCCCGUAACAACCAUCACUGCUGGCCCUACCACAACUACAGCUAACCCCACAAUAACCACAGCUGCUCCCACGACAACCACACCUGCACCCACAACAAACACAGCUGCUCCCACAACAACCACAGCUGCUCACACGACAACCACCGCUUCACCAACAACAACCACAACUACACCAACGACAACCACAGCUGCACCACCAGCAACCACAGCUGUUCCCACAACAACAACAACUGCACUAACAACAUCCCCAGCUACUGCUAUGACAAGAACAGCCACCCCACAACAACUACAGCUGCUCCCACAACAACCACAGCUGCUGCUUCAACAACCACAGCACUGUUCCCACAACGACCACAGCAGCACCAAUGAUGUCUACUGCUGGGGCGACAACAAUCACAGCUUCCCCAAAAACAACCACAGGUGCUGCUACAACAACAGCUGUGCCAACAACAACUACAGCUGCAUCCACAGCAACGAGAGCUGA